CACUUAUGGCUCUUAAUCCUGUGUAUUUUGUGUUGAAACUGCUAGUCCUGGUAAGCUUCUUGGCUCUCACUGAGCAAAGAAAGCUAUCUGAUCGAAGCUAUAAUAACUUGCAGCUUCCUAGGUCGCCAUGGUCAAGAUGUAACGAUCCAGAAAAUAACUUCAGGCGUGAAUGUUUUCCCGACGAUUUCAUUUUUGGCACUGCCUCAGCGUCCUACCAGUAUGAAGGGGCAGUACUGGAAGGUGGCAGAAAUUCGAGUAUUUGGGACUAUUUUUCACACAAAUAUCCAGAAAGAACCAACUGCGGUAAUGGAGAUAUAGCACUUGAUUUUUAUCACCGUUAUAAGGAAGAUAUCCAAUUAAUGAAGGAUUUAAACAUGAAUGGCUUUCGAUUCUCAAUCUCGUGGUCUAGAAUAUUACCCGGUGGAAAAUUAAGCAAAGGAGUAAAUAGAGAAGGAGUUCAAUUCUACAAGGACCUCAUUAAUGACCUCAUAGAAAACGGACUUUCCCCUAUGGCCACUAUCUUUCAUUGGGAUCUUCCCCUGGUUCUCGAGGAGGAGUAUAAAGGUUUUUUAAAUCGUAGUAUUGUGAAAGAUUUUCGAGAUUUUGCACGUGUUUGCUUCUACGAAUUUGGUGACAAGGUAAAGCUAUGGUCCACUUUCAACGAGCCAUGGGUUUAUAGUGUUGCUGGCUAUGAUAGAGGGAUUAAAGCUCCUGGGCGAUGCUCAAAAUGGAAGAAUAGUGCCUGCCAAGAAGGAGAUUCGGGAACAGAGCCUUAUAUUGUCACUCAUAAUCUACUUCUCGCCCAUGCCGCUGCCGUAAAAGAGUUCAGAAAUUGUAAAAAGUGUCAAGAUGGCAAGAUAGGAAUAGUGCUUUCCCCACCUUGGUUUGAACCUCAUUCUGAAGAUUCAAUUGAAGAUCAGGAAGCAGUUGUAAGGACCCUUGAUUUUUUGGUGGGCUGGCAUCUUAGUCCUCUAACAUUCGGCGAUUAUCCAGAAAGCAUGAAAAAUUUCGUUGGGGAUCGAUUGCCUAGUUUCACCCAAAAGGAGUCAAAAAAUCUAAAAAAAUAUUCUUACGAUUACGUUGGAAUAAAUUAUUACGGUUCUUUCUAUGCUAAAAAUGUUCCUUGUAUUGAUCUUGAAAAGGCUAGUUACAUGACAGAUCAACAUGUCGAUUGGAUAAAGGAACGAGAUGACAUCCUUAUUGGUAAACAGAGCGGCUCCGACAAUAUUCUAUCAUAUCCUAUCGGCAUAAGGAAGAUUGUGAAUUAUAUCAAGCAUAAUUAUAACAAUCCAAGUAUUUAUAUUACAGAAAAUGGAUGGAGCGAUAAAAAUAAUGAUUCAAAAACUUUGGAAGAAAACCUUAAUGAUGUCGAUAGGUUGGAAUACCAUCAGCUGCAUCUUCAAAGUCUUUCAAAAGCUAUUUCGGAAGAUGGAGUGGAUGUCAAGGGCUAUUUUGCAUGGUCGUUGUUGGACAACUACGAAUGGAAUAUUGGAUACAAAGUUAGAUUUGGUUUAGUUUAUGUUGAUUAUCAUCACAACUUGACAAGACACCCAAAGGAUUCGGCUCUAUGGUUUAAGGAAUUUCUUUUUCUCAAUUCGGUACUUGACGACGAAGAGUUAGUCGCCCGUGACAAAUAAUACUCACUUGACAUAAACUGGUUGCAGUGAUGUUCCGAUUUUAGUAUUGGCAUACCCGAGUAGCAUUAAUGAAUAACAACCGGGUUAUAUAUGUUCCUCCGCUGAACAUACAAUGUAAAAUAAAAGAAUAUAUAUGUGAACUAUGGAUUUAAAUCGAUAUUUUUCUUGACCAA